CAAGCUUUUCCUUCUUCAAUAGCAAUUGUGCAACAGGCAAUACAAAAAUGGCUAAGUUCAUCAUACUCAACUUGUUCUUCAUCAUAACUAGUCUCGUAUCACUUGCCCCUCUCUGCUUCUGCCACAGCACCAAUGGAGGCUAUCUCUACCCACAAUUCUACGAUAGAUCAUGCCCACAAGCUCUCCAAAUCGUCGAGUCCAUCGUCGCCAAAGCCGUCGCUAAAGAGCCUCGUAUGGCUGCCUCACUUCUCAGGCUCCAUUUCCACGACUGCUUUGUUAAGGGAUGUGAUGCAUCACUUCUUUUGGACAAUGGUGGAGGCAUAACCAGUGAGAAAAACUCAGUUCCAAACAGAAAAUCGGUUCGUGGAUUUGAUGUGAUUGAUGAGAUCAAAUCUGCACUCGAGAAAGCCUGCCCUCGAACUGUUUCUUGUGCAGAUAUCCUGGCCAUUGCUGCUAGAGAUUCCACCGUGCUCGCCGGUGGACCAAGCUGGGUGGUCCCAUUGGGGCGAAGGGACUCGAGAGGCGCAAGCUUGAGUGGGUCAAACCACAACAUCCCUGCUCCAAACAACACCUUCCAAACAAUCCUCACCAAAUUCAAGCUACAAGGAUUGAACAUUGUUGAUCUUGUAGCAUUAUCCGGAAGCCACACCAUAGGAAAGGCAAGAUGCACAAGCUUCAGACAAAGGCUGUACAAUCAGACUGGAAACGGGAAGGCGGAUAUGAGCUUGGAGCAGUCGUACGCGGCCCAGCUUCGGACGAGGUGCCCGCAGUCCGGGGGCGACCAGAACCUCUUCCCCCUGGACUUCGUCUCUCCCACGAGCUUCGACAACAGCUACUUCAAGAAUCUGCUGAGGUUCAGGGGGCUGUUGAGCUCGGACCAAGUGCUGGUGACGAAGAAUGAGGAAACACUGGAGCUGGUGAAGAGAUACGCGGAGAGCAAGGAGGUGUUCUUCGACCAGUUUGUUAAGUCGAUGGUGAAAAUGGGGAACAUUUCGCCAUUGACGGGCCGCAGAGGAGAGAUCAGGACCAACUGCAGGAUGAUUUCUUCUUGAAUCAACAUGCAUCAUCUUGUCUUUUUAUUACUACUCCAUAAUUUAUUCUUCGAGAUGUGUAGUAUUUCUUUGCUUUGAUUAUGUGAAAUCUUAUUGUUGUUGUUCUACAAUUAUUAAUGGGAA